AUGCCGGGCUCGCGGAGGAGCUGGGGCGCCCUGGGCAGGUGUCUGCUCCUCCCGCUGCUCACUCCGUGCGCCCUGUUGUCGGCGUGGGCUCCGGAGUGCCGCGCUCACCCGCAGCCCUGCCAGAUACUGAAGAGGAUCGGGCACACGGUGCGGGUCGGGGCCGUGCACUUACAGCCCCGCGUGCUCGGAGAGGGGGACACGGACGGGGGGAGAAGUGAGCGCGGCGGCGGCGGCACCACCAGGAGCUUAUCCAGCAAGGGGCACGCGGGCGCCAGGAGGAGAGUCACGAGCGAGAGCGCGGAGCGGGAAAGUGGUGCCGUGUUCUUGCCUAAAGAGUCUAUCUUGCUCGCCGUGGAGACCCUCAACCGCAUGGCGGACGUCCUGCCUUUCAACCUCUCUCUGGAGGUGGUCAUGGCCGUGGAGACCGGCCUGGGGGAGCUGCCCGCCUUCUCGUUCGCCUCCUCGUCCACGCGGGCGGCCACGGACCCCGUGUCUUUCCUGCAGAGUGUGUGCCACACGGUGGUGGUCCAGGGAGUGUCUGCGAUGAUGGCUUUCCCGCAGAGCCGCGGCGAGCUGCUCGAGCUGGAGUUCGUGUCCACGGCGCUGCAGAUCCCUGUCAUCAGUGUGGUCCAGAGCGAGUUCGCGCGCGACAGCAAGAACCCCCUUCACCUCCAAAUGAGCAUGCAGAACCCUCCAACUCCUUAUGUGGACCUCAUCCUCUCCGUCCUGUCCAUGAACAGCUGGUUUGACGUCAGCCUGGUGCUCUGUCAAGACUGGGAGGUCUCGGACUUCGUACGCCUCCUCCGCAACAACUCUCGUUUCAGCUUAGGUCCCAUUUUCAAUGUUUCCACUCCUGGCAGCCCCAGGAAUGACCUACAGGGCCCCCAGAAGGCCAUAGAGAAUGCUGCACCAACAGUGGUGACCUUCGGAUGUGACAUUCAAGAUGUGCGGUGGAUCUUCAGCACAUUGGCAAGACCAGGUCCAGCAACAGCAGCCGCGCAGUCACAUUGGGUUCUGGGUGACCCACAGGAUGCGGGCGAGCUGCGGACCGACGGGCUUCCCAUUGGCCUAGUGGCCCAUGGGAAGAUGUCAGAGCCCACGCUGGACCACUACGUGCAGGAUGCUCUGGAGCUAGUGGCAAGAUCCGUGGGAGCAGCAGCUCACAUCACCCCGGAACUCGCACUGUUGCCCAGCACAACCAACUGUAUGAUCACAGACGACAGGAACCUGACCUCAGGAAAAUACAUCUCCAGGUUCUUGGCCAACACCUCCUUCGAUGGCCUGAGCGGCUUCAUCCAGCAGCAGGAGGAGUCGGUGAUCACCUCAGAAAGCCACCACUUCAUCUGGAGCUUGCAGCACGACCCGCUGGGGAACCCAAUGUGGACGCGUUUGGGUCGUUGGAAGCAGGGUCAUGUGCUGAUGGACUAUGCUACGUGGCCUGGUAUGGGCCAGCCCCAGCGGGGUGGGGACUGGAGGCGGCCGUCUCGCCUACACCUCCGUGUGGUCACGCUGGUGGAGCACCCCUUUGUCUUCACACGGGAGGUGGAUGAGGAUGGCCAGUGCCCAGCCGGGCAAUUGUGCCUGGACCCAAUGACUAAUGACACCGGGGUGCUACAGCGCCUCUUCACAGGGCUCCGGGGCCCCAACGGCACAGCCGUCCCAGUUGAGCUGAAGAAGUGCUGCUACGGUUACUGCAUCGAUCUGUUGGAGAAGUUGGCUGAGGACAUGGCCUUCAGCUUCGACCUCUACAUUGUCGGUGAUGGCAAGUAUGGUGCCUAUAAGGGAGGCCGCUGGACCGGCCUGGUGGGUGACCUCCUGAGCGGGGCAGCCCAGAUGGCCGUCACCUCCUUCAGCAUCAACUCUGCUCGCAGCCAAAUGAUUGACUUCACCAGCCCUUUCUUCUCCACCAGCCUGGGCAUACUUGUGCGCACCAGGGACACGGCUGCACCUAUCGGUGCCUUCAUGUGGCCGCUGCACUGGUCCAUGUGGUUGGGCAUCUUUGUCUCGCUGCACGUCACCGCCAUCUUCCUCACCCUCUAUGAGUGGAAGAGCCCCUUUGGGAUGACACCCAAGGGUAGGAAUAGGAAGAAGGUCUUCUCCUUCUCAUCUGCCCUUAACGUCUGCUACGCCAUCCUGUUCGGCAGGACAGCUGCCAUCAAGCCGCCAAAGUGCUGGACAGGCCGUCUCCUCAUGAACCUGUGGGCCAUAUUUUGCUUGUUUUGUCUGUCCACUUAUACAGCCAACCUGGCUGCUGUCAUGGUCGGGGAGAAGACCUACGAGCAGCUGUCAGGGAUACAUGACCCGAAGCUGCAUCAUCCAUCACAGGGGUUCCGAUUUGGAACAGUUCGAGAGAGUAGCGCUGAGGACUACGUGAAAAAAAGCUUUCCGGAGAUGCACGAAUACAUGCGACGGUACAAUGUGCCGGCCACCCCUGAUGGAAUACAUCAUCUCAAGCAUGAUCCACAGAAGCUGGACGCUUUCAUUAUGGACAAGGCUCUGCUGGACUACGAGGUUUCCAUUGAUGCUGACUGCAAGAUGCUCACGGUGGGGAAGCCGUUUGCAAUUGAAGGCUAUGGUAUCGGCCUGCCCCAGAAUUCAGCCCUGACCUCCAACGUCUCGGAGCUGAUCAGCCAGUACAAGUCCGACGGCUUCAUGGACAUGUUACACGACAAGUGGUACAAAGUGGUACCCUGCGGCAAGCGGAGUUUCGCCGUCACCGAGACUCUGCAGAUGGGCAUCAAACACUUCUCAGGGCUAUUUGUGAUGCUGUGCGCGGGUGUGGCCUUGUCGCUCCUCACGACGGUCGCCGAGCACAUCGUGUACCGCUUUGUGAUCCCCAGGAUACGAACCAAGCCCAGGUUCAAGUACUGGUUGCACACAAGCCAGAGAUUGCAUCGGGCGCUGAAUUCUACAUUCGUUGAGGAAAAAUUACAGACGGUGACUAAGCCAGAGAAGAGCUGCAAUAUAGGAAAUAAUCAGCAAGCCCGGUGGAAGACAUCGGCGAGCUCCAAAUGCAAUCGCCGAAAGCUUCCGCUCAGAGGGGGCCAGCAGAACGACCUGGAGUACGCGGAGCGUAAGGAUCCGCCGCCCUCUCAGGCUAAGCGAGAGCUCCCCCUACAGGCCACGUCCAACGGCAAGACAGACUUGCUGGGUUUGGCUAAAAACCCAAUCAUCCAAGAACUCACUGACCUGGAGGCCCAGAUUCGUAUCAUCAAGCAGGAGCUCCAGCUGGCCAUCAAGAAGAAGGAGGAACUGGAGCGGUAUCGGGAGACGACCGCAACCGCAGCCACCGAAUCGUAG